AUGAGAGGGAUUCUCAAAUUAAUGUCCCGCGACACCGACAGUAACAAUCGAUCUACAAAAGGGACAGUGACCACGAACGCGCGCUAUCUGACAAGGCAGCCUCUAUUUCUGACACUGCAGGGCUUGCACUACGGCAGGCUGGGGAAUCAGAUGUUUAUGUAUGCCUCUCUUCUAGGGAUUGCUCACACCUUGAAUAGGACUGCCUUCAUCAGCCCGGGGUUUUCUUUGGAUGUCGCCUUCAAACUUGGACACGUGGCUGAGAUUCCAGAAUCUGAAACUUGGCCUAUUGCGGAGCAGAACUAUUACGCUAUAUUCGAGAGAACAUACUUAAACAAGCUUCGCACCGAUGACCUCCAACACGAGAACCUCACACUGAGCGGCUUCUUCCAAUCCUGGAAGUAUUUUCAGAACAUCACAGAAACAAUCAGGACAGAAUUUCUUUUCAGGACCCCAGUUCUUCGCCAGCGAGACAAAAUACUGCAGACAGUACUUCCGCAUCCCAAACAGGAAGUAAUACUUGUCGGAGUUCACGUUAGAAGGUCUGACCUCCUGUCCAACCAGAACAUCGCUAUGGGGUACACCGUGCCGGACACGUCUUACUUCAAGAAAGCAUUUCAGUGGAUGAGGAGUAAAUUUGUCGGGGAAAAGGUUAUGUUUUUGGUGGCCAGCGAUGAUUUUUUAUGGUGUGAGAAUCAUUUGAGAGGAAGUGACGUAUUGCUUAUGCCUCCGGCUCCACAAGCUGUUCAUCUUGCAUUAUUAAGCAGUUGUGAUCACGUGAUAUUUUCAACCGGAACUUUCGGGUGGUGGGGGGCGUGGCUGGCCGGAGGGUAUGUUGUGUAUUAUAAAAAGUAUCCAGGUUACGGCACGAAUUUAUCCAAAGGAUUUUCUAGGGAUGAUUUUUUCCCACGUCAUUGGGUAGGACUUGGUGAUUAG